AUGUCAGAAGCAGUAGAAUCGCCCGAGUCUCACUACCACGAACUCUUUUCGUCGCUAAACUCGAAGCUAGACCGUUUGGUUUACCUUACUAAGUUGGAUAGUCUCAAUUCGCAAUCCGAAGAAGAGAUCAACGCGCAGUAUGAUAAAAUAGUAACCAGCAACGAGCUACCAAUACCACCAUUAUCGGACCCGUAUUCUCAAGAAUCUGUUGCGGAGGUGCUUCUGUUUCUUCAAUUGCAGACAUCGAUUCUCAAAACGAAUGUCUUGACGGUGAAUUACCUACAGAUCAUUCUCCCUGUGCUUAAGUCGAUACACGCGGUGACAGGCGAUAAAGAUGGUGGUGAGGAAGAAGACCCCACAAUGGCCCAAAUCUCUUCUAAUUUGCGAGAAUUGUACUCGGUGGACUCGGCUAGCAAGUUAAUUGCGUCCUACAAUAAUGAAAAGGAACUGUCUUCGUCACUUUCCUCGCUGCAGUACAAGGUAAACAACCUUCUUCGUUCUGUCGUUCGGCCGAAGUUGGCCCAACUACAGAAAAUUAACCUGGAAAAUGUAAGGAAGUUCAAACAGCUCAAGAAGCUUGAGCUUGAGCUUGAAAAUCAAGACAAGACUCAGGUUUCUGUUUCUGAAACCCAGCUAAUAUUCUCCCAGUUCCAGGACAUUCAAGAUAUCUGGCGGAGAGUCUCUGUGUACGUAGAACUUCUUCCUAUUCUCGUCCUGAGUACCACAACGGACUCUAACUGGGCAGAAAUUGAGAAGUUUACAGAAAUAGUGCUUGAAAGCGGAGAAUUGGAGCAAGAGUUGACCGAUAAAAAGCACCCCAUCCAUAUUGAUUUGAAGAGGGCAACCGUGUACGAUUUGUUCGACCGUGAGUGA